GCUCCCGUUCCCUUCUCCGUCUCCUCUUUGCCCGCGUCCCGCUCGAAACCCACACGCACUCAUCUUCCACAUCCGUGUGCUCCGCUGUGAUGUUGCCGACGGUAGUUUGCACCGUGGCUAUGCUCCCCAGGCGUCGCCUGCCCCGACGGCCCGAGGGUCCUUACGCGUCAGGCCGCCUUGGCUGGAGUGUGCCAAGAGAUGACGGUCAACCCUUGGUUGCACGGCGCGGUGGCCAGCCAUGGGACUGGACGCCGGUGGACCUCCACAUGUUGGACGAGAACAAGGGCACUGAAGACCAUGGCCAGUCCCGUGAGGCCGUGACACCAUGCCUCUCCCACCUCUUUCGGUGGCUUUCUACUGCCCCUGCGCUGGGAGCUCAACAUGGAGGGACUCGCCAUGGAUCGAGCAUCGUCUGGAGUCUGGACGCAACUGCCCACUGCCCUGCAAGUUGACUGUUCCAACGCCCACCAAGUGUUUGAUGUAAUGUUUGGACGGCUGUAGGUAAAAGAAAAUCAGUUUUAUCCAGAAACUAUGUUGCUAUACUCCUAAUUUUGUGUUCUUCCAAGAGAUUUGACUUCACCAUUAAUUGAGGGAAAGGACUUUCCUCAACCAUGCACCAUAUAUUGUUUCCGCAUUCAUUUUUCUCUUUAUUAACCUAGUUAUUCUCUUAUUACCA